AUGGGACAAGUAAAGAUGUCAAACAAGAUGCUUAUGAUAAUUACUACAGGAAAGCAUCUCAUAGGAUACUAUAGGAUAAGAAACAUAAGUCAUGUCUGUAGGAAGCAAAGAUUGUUGAAACAGAGGCAAAAGAGCUAUGUGGAUCCUAGGCAGAAAGAUGUAGAGUUUGCAGUGGGUGAUUAUGUAUUCCUAAAGGUCUCCUCAAUGAAAGGAGUCAUGAGGUUUAGGAAGGAAGGUAAGCUGCCAACUAGAUACAUAGGACCUUUUGAGGUCAUUGAUAGAGUUGGAACAGUUGCUAACCAGUUGGAGUUAUCACCAAGCCUUUCUCAUGUCCACCCAGUAUUCCACAUCUCCAUGCUGAGGAAGUAUGUUCCUGACCCUUCACAUGUACUGCAACCAGAUGUAGUAGAGUUGAAUGAGAACCUGACCUUCAAGGAGUAG